CCAUGACGCCAAAGCCGUGCUUCCGUCAUGUGGUAGGGACAAUAUUCCUUCCAUACCAGCAUUCAUUGUGUCAGCGUCUUCAAACACAGUAAUUUGCUGUGGUGAAUAAUAUCUCUCCAUAGUUACCUAUCUAUGUAAUCACUCCCAACCCGCCAGAAAUGGAUCCCAGGCGACAAGACGCGACCUGCGCCGACGUGGACGAGGAGGACCAGACCGCCGCCGCCGUCACGUGCUGCGCCCCGGCGCGCGCGGCGCUCCAGGACCUCACGCGGCCCAUCGACGUCGGCGACUUCGGGGUGCGCCGGCGGACGAGGGGCGGCGGCGGCGGCGGUGGCGACGAGGGCGCCGCCUUUGGCGCCUGGCCCUUCCUGGGCCCCCUGCUGUUCGAGAACCAGACGAGCGACUGCCGCGACCACUGCGCCAACGAGCGGACCUUCCUCUCUUACCUCCGCCUGGCCAUGUUCAUGGCUCUCGUCAGCUCCGCCAUCGUCAUGUCCUUCCACCUCAAGAACGAGCCGAGCGCCAUCGAGCUGCGUAUGGCUAAGCCGCUCGGCCUCGUGUUUUGGGCCCUGUCGGUCGCGUGCCUCGCGCUCGGGCUGGCCAACUACAUCAGGACCGUGAACAAGUACGGCCGCAGGGCAGCGCUGGUCCAAACCGGCUGGAAAACUCAAGGGAUCUUGACAGCGAUUGUGUUUGUGAUAGUUGGGACGUGCGUGACGCUGUUGGUCAUCAACAGGCUCGUCGAAAAUGGCCGGUAGCGAUGGCACCCAUGAUGAGUGCGAUAUACAUGACCCUGCAUUCUACCCACCAGGACGUGCUCGUACCCCCAAGGAAACAAGUAAUUAUGGAAUUAGAAGUACAGCAAGGCAAAGGGUAUCAAGAAAGGUUGAAGCCAACGCAAGUGCCUUUGAAGCACGCCCGUCCUUGAUAAUCACACGUGGUGCUGCUUUCGCGGC